AUGGUUUGGUACGUCAAAGCAGUGAUGCACAACCUCAUCGGUUACAACCUUACGCUCGCGGACCCUGCGGCAUACGUCACUUGGGGCUCUGUCUCCCAGCAGGCUCCCUUGCUUCGCUCCGGGCAGGAUAACAUACCAAUGGCGCACUGGCAGCCUGCCACCGGCACCUGGACCGGCACCACAGGUGUCGCGAUGUACAAGGUGGACGGCCCAGUCGGGAACAAGUUGGCCUUUGGCGUUAUGAUGCCCUUCAUUGGCGACAACAAGUGCAGUGUCGGAGUUUAUCCCGAUAUAUAUUUCGAGGAUCCAAUGAACCCGUCUCAUGUGUCCAUCGACACAUCCAUCAACAGAAUAUUCGACGAGGACUACAACCGUGAUGUGGCAAGAAAGCACAUGAACAUCAGACCUGUCUGGGAGUGGACCAGUCAAACGCCCAAGUACAAGACUUGGUGCACAAUCGAGCAGGGCAAAGAAGUUACUGCAAACUUCUAUAUUGCACCAUACGAUUACAAGACCCCUCUCGACUCUAAAAUGAUGUAA